AUGGAGGCGAAUAAGAGGAAACUACGGAUCAGGGAUGAGGAGGAAGAUGCGUGGAGCCGGAGACUAGCAACAAUGCGAGAGAGGAGAAGGGAGAAGAUGUGGAAGGAGAAGAGGAAUCUUGAGAAGGCGGCAGAAACGGACUCAUCUUUUGUUCUGCUGCCAGGGGCGAACCUUUUUUUCACCGACCCCAAGGCGUUCUUCGACGAGAUUUACAAAGAUGAGAAACCAGCCCCCAACAAGGUGGAAAUCCCUACUCUUGAUCGCUUCGAAACUCCGACCAUUUUUCACACCCGGCGGUUGCUCCCAAUCCGUGAACCUGGAAGCAAGGCGGUGCUCUCCGCCGCUAAAUCUCUACUUGGGAUCUCAUCCUCUCUCUGUGGCGAGCCGCUCAAACGGUGCUCUGGUUUCUGGAUUGACUUCGACGAGGGGAGCAAAACCGGCACUGUGUUGACGACCGCACAUCUCAUUCGCACAAAUGACACCAGCACUGACGUCUGGAUAGACGAAGCACAUUACGAUUCGAAAGCUAAGGUCACCGUUCAAUUGCUAGAUGGCACCACUGCAGAGGGACAGCUACUCUACUACCAGCCCCAUUAUGAUCUUGCUGUCUUGAGUGUUAAAGUGGAUCAACCAGUUCAUUUGCCAUCUUUUAACGAAGGAGUAAAAUUUUCUCAGAAGGUUUUUCGGCUAGGGAGAGACAAUUCAUUGAAACUAAGGAUAACAUAUGGUCGGGCAGCAUAUUUUAAUCCAGACAUGUAUGAGCGGUACCACAACAUGUACUUUGAUUGUGCAGAUCAUGAUAGUGAUAGUGAUGAGGAUGAUGAUGAUGAUGAUGAUGAUAACGAGUAUGACGAUGGAGGGAUAGUCAUUGACUUGGAUGGAGCGGUGGUUGGAAUGGUCAACAUUAGUUGCACAUUAGGGUCUUUUAUCCCUUCUUCCAUUUUGCUCAAGUGUUGGGCUUCAUGGAAGAGUAAAGGGAGAAUCCUUCGGCCCCACCUAGGAAUGAUAUUUGAGGCCAUCAAGCUUCUAGAACCUGCCUUUGUUGAUGAUAUAUGGCGUGCAUAUAACAUUGAUGACGGUCUUAUUGUUCAAGAGGUGUCGAAAGGAUCUUAUGCUGAAAAGAUUGGCAUCGAAAGAGGUGAUAUUAUUGAAUCUUUCAAUGGAAGCUGUAUUUCUACUACAGUUGAGUUGGAAAAUAUGUUGAUGAGUAUAUCCAAUGACUCUUUGGACAGUCAAAAGUGCCUUAAUAAUGAAGUUCAUUUUUCGGUUGUGGUAUUUCACACGCUAAGAAAACAACGAACGGCAUCUUUGUUGACAGCAAAUGUAUCAGAAUGUGGAGAAGUUAUAGUAAAAGAACCUGAGAAGGUGGGUAUUGCCUCCUUCCAUCUCGUGGGCGACGCCCAGUUGUGGUAUGGCCACUACAAGGAUGUCUACGGCCCGCCUCCAUGGCACCGGUUUACUGAGUUGGUUCACACCCAAUUUGGUCCACCUUCACGUAGCAACGCCCUUGGUGAGCUCAUCUUGCUCAAGUGCACGAGCCUGGUGGCAGACUUCAACAAGCAUUUCAAUGCCUUACUUGGUCGUGCGCCGUGCCUACCGCUGCCCAACAGGUUAUGA